AACAGUUGUGAAAUGAGUUGUGUUCUGUUGAUGAUAAUUCGUGAUUAACCACGCGUUUUAAAGUAGACUGUGUGAUGUCUUUCAAAAUCGAUAUUCACAAUCAUAUAUUACCCGAGAGAUGGCCAGAUCUGAAGGAGCGAUAUGGUUAUGGAGGAUGGAUACAACUUCAUCAUCAUUGUGAGGGAAAAGCAAAGAUGAUGAAAGAUGGGAAUCUUUUUCGUGUGAUAGAUGAGAAUUGUUGGUCACCAGAGGCAAGAAUUAGAGAUAUGGAUGCAACAGGUGUCACAGUUCAAGCCCUUUCAACUGUUCCAGUUAUGUUCAGUUAUUGGGCCAAGCCAGAAGAUACUUUAGAUUUAUGUCGUAUAAUGAAUGAUGACCUUGCAAAAACUGUGAAGAAAUAUCCCAAAAGAUUUGUGGGUCUGGGAACUCUUCCAAUGCAGGCACCAGAUCUUGCAGUACAGGAGCUAACCAGAUGUGUAAAGGAACUUGGUUUUCCUGGAGUGGAAAUUGGUUCUCAUAUAAAUGAUUGGAAUCUUGAUGCCCCAGAACUGCAGCCAGUAUUUGCUGCUGCAGAGGAGUUGGGUUGUGCAAUUUUUGUUCACCCUUGGGAUAUGGAAUUAAAAGGAAGGAUGUCCAAGUACUGGCUGCCAUGGCUUGUUGGAAUGCCAGGUGAAACUGCCCAAGCAAUCUGCUGUAUGAUAUUUGGUGGAGUUCUAGAAAGACAUCCAAACCUAAAAGUGUGUUUUGCUCAUGGAGGUGGGGCAUUUCCUUUCACCAUUGGUCGUAUUGAACAUGGCUUCAAUGUCAGACCAGAUCUCUGUGCUGUUGAGAAUCCAGUCAACCCAAGGAAAUACAUUGGACAAAUUUUUACAGACAGUCUUGUUCAUGAUGAGAAAGCUCUCAAAUUUCUAGUUGACAUUAUUGGAGAGGAGAAUGUUCUUUUAGGGAGUGACUACCCCUUCCCUCUUGGUGAACAUCACCCAGGCAAACUAAUUGAAGAAGUGUACAAAGACAACACAGAACUCAGGGACAAGCUCUUAGCUGGCAAUGCCUUGAAGUUUUUAGGAUUACAGAGAUCUCAAUUCAAUGACUAAGCUACAGACAGUUAAAAGCUUGUGACUAGUGGGGUACUUGGUCCUGCACUAAAUUUCAGCACAGAUCAAAAACUCAGAAGGGUAGCUUCAGUAGGGAAGAAUGAGUUAAAUACCGUUGGUAUAGGAACAAAACAAAAUUUGAUAUUUGAAAGAUGUUGGACCAACUAUUUUAUUUUGUAUUUAUCUCAGUUAUAUUUAUUUAAAAGUAAGUCUUGAAACUGUGAUUGUGCCAAUAUUAUGCUGUAGCUCUAAUAAUUUGAAGUUUCAAGCUUAUGAGGAUUGACCUUUCUCAGAAUGAGAAUUUAUGAGGAUUGACCUUUCUCAGAAUGCGAUAAAAGUACUUUGGUGACUUGACUGCUUUAGUAUUAGGCUUUAAAAGAUGACAUGAAGUUUUUUUUUUUUUGUUAGUUUUGUUAGGGAGUUAAUUUUCAGUGACAUUUACAUUUUAAACUUGAUGUUUGCAUGCAUCCACUGUUUGGGUUAGCCCAAGGAAAAAAAUUAGGAUAUAAUGCCUGAAAAUUUAACCAUUUCAUUGCUUAUCAGCCCAGUGUGGACAACUUGAAGAAGCAAUAAUUUUAUUCAAUGGAGUUUGUUUUUGUUGGAGAAAAACCAACAAACACACAUUAUUCGUGCACCGUUCUGAAUUAAGGGAAAUAUUAAGUUUAUUUUUGAAAUCAUACAACUGCUAGUUAUUCAGUAGAAACACCAGACAAAGUAUAUAUUUUGACAUUAUUGAUGUGACAUUUGUCAACAAAGCUUGUAAUUCAAAUGCAUGGUGCUUGCUGUUUUUGGAAUGUUCUUACUCCACAUCACAAAAGAUGUAAAAAGGUAUCUGUACAAUGUAAAUAAAUUGGGGAAAAAGAGAGUCCAUAUAGUUGCACCUCUUAUUUUAAGUGCCGCACCUGUUAAGAGCGGUCCUCACGACUUCCCGUCGGAAAAAAGUUUUCUUUUAUUU